AUGGAAAAGCGUCGCGAGGAGCUGGAGAAGAAGCGACAGAAGCUGGCGGAGCUCAGGAGGGCGCGCGAGGACCGUAGGCUCGCAUUGCUGACAAACCAGCAGCAGGAGCUGCCUGGUGGCAAUGGUACUUCGACGGGCCGCCGUGAAAUCGACGACCUGGUGAACGCGCUAGUCGGCGAACGACCCUCGACACCGACUACAACCAUCGAUGGAAGUUCAGACGCUGGAUCCGAUAAGGGCAUCGGCACGAGUUCGGCUAUUAUGUCCCCUUCUCCUUACAGCUCAAGUGGAUCUCAACCAUUGCAGCAUAGCGCACUCCCUAUGGCACGACUCAUUCCGGAGUUCACUUCCGUCGAGGCGGUCAUCUUCGAUAUCCCUCCUAAGGAACGUGUGGUCUACAACAAGGAAGUUCAGACAGUUGAGGGAUCUUUCGAGCCACAGGGUCCUAGCGAGGAGGAAAUAAGAGAGCAGCUCAAAGAGGAAUUUGCGCGGGAGGAGCAGCUUCGCCUGGAGAUUUUGGAGGCAGAGCGUCAGGCUGCCGAAGAGGCUAGCCGCCAGGAAGUUCCAGAGCUGACUGAUGAGGAAAGAAAGGCGAUCGUACAGUCGGCCGAGUUUGCGGAGUUCAUUGACCACUCUUCCAAGAUUCUGGAGCGAGCCAUGAGCGAGAGAUACGACUUCAUGAAAGAUUAUACCCUUGGCUUGGAUGCCGAAGCUGAAGAUCUCAAUGGAAACAGGAUGCGACUUGUUUGCUCGUUUCAUGACGACAGAUGGACCAAGAACAGAUCCGUCACCGAUGUUGGCUGGUCCUCCAAGCAUCCAGAGUUGAUUGUUUCCUCUUACAACAAGAACCCUUUGGCGGUCAACGAGCCAGAUGGCAUUGUGUGCGUAUGGAAUAUUCACCUGAUGGACCGACCCGAGUUCGUUUUUCACUCCCAGUCCGAUGUUCUCACUGUGCGGUUCUCCGACUUUCACCCCAACUUCAUCAUCGGAGGCACUUAUUCGGGACAGAUCUUGCUCUGGGACACUAGUGCAAAGUCGCUUCCUGUUCUCAAGACGCACCUUUCAGCCGGUGGUCACACUCACCCAGUCUACGCCAUCGAUAUGGUCGGCACACAAAACGCCCACAACUUGAUCAGUGUUAGUACGGACGGAACAAUGUGCUCAUGGCAAUUGGACAUGCUGGCGCAACCGCAGGAGACGCUGCCUCUCGACUAUCCUGCCCACCCGAUUACAGAUGAGGUUGCGGUCACUGCGCUUGGAUUCCCUGAUGGUGAGACCAACGCUUUCUGGGUUGGAACUGAGGAGGGAACUGUGUAUCAGGCCAAUCGAUAUGCACGCGCGGGAAGCCAAGCUGGAAUCAACACUGCAUACUCUUACAAGGGACACUUUGGACCGAUUACUGGACUUGAUUUCCACCCUCUUUUUGGUCCUAUGGACUUUUCGGAUCUUUACUUGACUUGCUCUGUUGACUGGACGGUCAAGUUAUGGCGAAAGAGAACUCAUGCCAAACCCACGACCCCCGACAAUGCUGUCGUCCAUCCUCUUUAUUCGUUCGAGACUGCGGACGACUAUGUGUAUGAUGUGAAGUGGUCCCCCACACACCCCGCCGUCUUUGGUACUGUCGAAGGAAGCGGCAAGUUCGAGGUCUGGAAUCUCAACAUGGAUACGGAAGUGCCGGUGAUGAGCACAAUUGUCGGUGCAGGAAAGGCGCUGAACAAGUUGAGCUGGAGCAAGGAUGGCCGACAUGCAGCGAUUGGAUCGAGCGACGGCCAUGUCUAUGUCUAUGAUAUCGGCGAUAUGGCAACACCACAUCCUGAAGACUGGAAUAUUCUUCAAAGAACCGUCAAUGAAAUGAUAUCUACACAGGCGCACGGAAGCAUCCUGAACGAAUUCUGA